UAGCUAACCUCGAUAAGGUUGAAUUGUCUGCGCAUAGCAUUCUAUGUAAUUUCCGUAAAAUAAGCCUGUUUAUUGACUGCUGUUGUGUUUAACCCUCAGACCUGUGAAAAGGCGCAUCUGGUGGAUCUGUGUGCAGGUUCCCAAUGAUGAGUUAUGCUGAAAAGCCAGAGGACAUCACAAAAGAGGAGUGGAUGGACAAACUGAACAAUGUACACAUACAGAGGGCUGAUAUGAACAGACUUAUAAUGAAUUACCUGGUGACAGAGGGUUUCAAAGAGGCUGCAGAGAAGUUUAGGAUGGAGUCGGGGAUUGAGCCAAGUGUGGAUUUGGACUCUUUAGAUGAAAGGAUAAAGAUCAGGGAAAUGAUCUUAAAGGGGCAAAUACAGGAAGCUAUUGCUCUCAUCAACAGUCUGCACCCAGAGUUGCUGGACACAAACCGAUACUUAUAUUUUCAUCUGCAGCAGCAACAUUUGAUUGAGUUGAUCCGUCUAAGAGAAACUGAAUCAGCGCUGGAGUUUGCCCAGACGCAGCUGGCCGAGCAGGGAGAGGAAAGCCGUGAAUGCCUCACUGAGAUGGAGCGGACACUCGCACUCCUGGCUUUCGACAACCCAGAGGACUCCCCAUUUGGAGAUCUGCUCAACAUGAUGCAACGGCAAAAGGUUUGGAGUGAAGUCAAUCAAGCUGUCCUUGAUUAUGAAAACAGGGAGUCCACGCCAAAGCUGGCCAAACUUCUGAAGUUACUGCUGUGGGCACAGAACGAGCUGGAUCAGAAGAAGGUGAAAUAUCCCAAAAUGACUGACCUUAGCACAGGCACCAUCGAGGACCCCAAGUGAAACUACUCCGUGAUUGUCUCCAUAAUUUAUGAUCUGUCAGUGACUCUGUGGCAACAAGGUAACACGUAUAAACCUAAGCUGUUGUUUUACAUUUAUCCUUCAUAAGAGGAAACUCAUUCUGCAGUUUAUAAAUCACCUUUUCGUGAAUACAAAUUUAGUAAAAACCCAAUUCUGCAUAAUCAGUGAAAUCUUAGAUAGAAUUAAAGUAAAACUUAAGGGCUGGGAAUCAAAAGGUUUGUAAGUGACAUCUCAAAAUAAUGUCAAAAUAAUGGUCCACACUUUGACCUCACUUACUUCUUAAUUAUAUUUAUCCCAAAAGGUCACAAAUAAAUCUUUUCCUAUUCUGGGUUUAUAUUAUUGGUCUUUAUAAUGCAUUAAUAACUUAACAAUUGUUUACACCUUUGAAAUUUGUACACUAAAUAAGAACCCUCUUUUAAUACCAACUUUUCAAAAAACUGAACUAUAGAUUGUAGAGCAUUUAAUGCACUUUGGCCCUUUUUGCUCUGAAAAUUUUAUUGUAAAAGAUAAGACUUUUUCAUUAAUAAAUAUUAGGGCAGUUAGAGCUCAUUAUUUGAUAUUCAACUCAAUUUUGCCCAAAAUAUCACAAACAUCCUUUUGAUUCUCACUUGCCGAAAAACCUGAUUUUUUUUAUUUUUUAUUUUUUUCAAUUUUACCAGUAUUACUUUUGGGGGGGUAUUUAUCACCACUAACAUUUUUUCUUGAAGGAUGGUCACAAAACCAUACAAUGCAAUUUCUAAAAAUAUGAAUACACAAGACAAAUCUCAAUAAAAGUUGCAGACCAUCACAAAUGAACAGAAACAGUGUAAUACAAAAGUACUAUACAUUUCUAUUGAAUAAAAAUUGUUAUUUUAUUAUUUUCAUAUAAGAUGAUUCAAAUUACAAAGAGUUUACCUUGAUUUAUAGUUUGGGGAGGGUUUUUCACAAAGUUGAGUUGCCUACUAUUACCAGCAAAUGGCAACAUUAUGUGCCCUGAAGAGUUGAGUUUUGAACACAAUUGAUCAGAAGAUCAUUAUUGUAUCUUUUUUUUUUUUUGGAAAUUUAUAUUAUUUAAACUCAAAAACUGAAGUGACUUGUGAGUCAAGUUCACCCAAAUUGUUUGCAUUUUUCACUUUAUGUUGCAUGUAUAUUUUGAGUGAGGUUUAAUCUUUUUCUACUUCAGUUGAGAAACUUGCUGCUAGUUGUCUUAUUAUUUUUUUAAGUUUUAAACAUUGCCAUGUAAAAAUAUUGAGACUCUUGAGAGCUUACAUCUCUUUUAUUAAUGAACAUUUUUAAGAUAAAAUUUGCUAUUAUUAAAAGAAAUUAAAGAUACAA